AUGACUUCUGUUCCCCCACAACGUGCCCCAAAGCGCGUAGCCAUGGCUUGCACGUACUGCAGGCGUCGUAAGAUCAAGACUUCGCCAAAUUAUUCGUGCAAGAACUGUUCGGACAGGCGACAACAGUGCACCUACUUGCCCGUUGAAUUCGAUGAUCCGAACGCGCCGCAGCUGCAGCAGUCGAUGAGCCCUUCUCCGGAAGCUCCAUACUUCCCGACAACUAGCGGCCACCCGUCUAUGCAGUACUCUGGCCACCCUCAGGAUAGCAUGUGGUCGCAGCAGUCACCGCAGAUGCAACAAGCAUACGCCCAGCAGAGGGGGAUGCCUGGAUACACCAUGCCUAGCGAUGGCGGCAGGACUCACUCCAGCGCAUUGCCCGACACCGCGACGCAUGCAUACAACCAGGGUUGGAAUGCUCAAUAUAGCCAAGGUUUCGCUCUACCGGAUGGCGGAAGCAAUACGGCAUUCUCGUACACCCCACAGGCAGCGGAUGGGGUCCAUAACGCUAGCUCCUCUGGGUAUAACCCUUACUCCUCGUCAAACACCGGGAGCGUCUCUGCAGCGCCACCAAUGUACUGCCAAUGCACUCCGGGACCACGCGCACAGUUUCUUUUUGGAUUUACCGCUUGA